AUGGAGCCACUUGGAUCUCAUGCGGCAGAGGCAGAGCUGAACACCUGCGAUGUCAAUGAAUGUGAAAAUAGUAAUGGCGGAUGUGAAGUGCAAUGUUGUAACACCAUCGGGAGCUUCUACUGCAAGUGUCCUGAAGGUCAAACUCUGAAAGAAGACGGAAAAACCUGUCAAGAUGUCGAUGAAUGCCAAGUCCAUAAUGGAGGAUGCCAGCAGCGGUGUGUCAACACCCCGGGGUCAUAUCACUGCGAGUGCAAAUCGGGCUUCCGUCUCCAUGCAGAUAGCAGGUCAUGCAUUACGCUGUACUCCUGCUCCAUGGGAAAUGGCGGCUGUGAGCACAACUGCGUCCAGAUCACCGUGGCUCAUUACCAGUGUCGCUGCCGACAGAAUUACCAGCUGAAGGAAGACGGCAAACGCUGCGAAUUGAAUAACCCAUGUUCAACCAGAAACGGAGGCUGCAUGCACCAGUGUACCAACGAUGGAGGACGGGGGAAAUGCUCGUGCCACCCCGGGUACAGGCUGGCAGCUGAUGGAAAGACAUGUGAAGACAUUAAUGAAUGCGUGACCGGCCUGGCCAUGUGUGCUCACAGCUGUCUCAACACUCGAGGUUCGUUCCACUGCGGUUGUAGCCCUGGAUAUGAGUUAGGAGCUGAUGGGAGACAGUGCUACAGGAUAGAAAUGGAAAUCAUCAACACUUGUGAGAUCAACAAUGGCGGCUGUUCUCAUGAAUGUCGACACAGCAGCACUGGCCCCAUGUGCGUCUGUCCGCAGGGGUUAGAUCUGGACACUGAUGGAAAGACGUGUGUAGAUGCCGAUGAGUGCGCCAAUGGUGCUUCCUGCUGUCAGCAAGAGUGCUCCAAUUACGUCGGGGGCUACGAGUGCGCCUGUUACUCUGGUUACCGUCUCAACAUGGACGGCUGUGGAUGUGAUGAUGUAAAUGAGUGCUUAUCUAACAAUGGAGGAUGCCAUCAAGUUUGCGAAAAUCUUCCUGGAUCGUUCCAGUGUAGCUGUAAUCCUGGAUACAGACUGAACACUGAUGGAAAAGGCUGUAGUGGUCUUCAGGAAACUAAUCCCGGGCAGCACCCUGCUGAACACUCCAUUCCUCAGGUGACAUUAUUGCGGGAUGAAUUCUCCCAGAUAUUUGAUGAUGAUUAUGAUGAAGAUGAAGAAGCAGAACUGCGAGGAGAACACACACUGUCUGAGUCAUUCGUGUGUUUUGAUGGCACGUUUGGCCCAGACUGCACGCUGACCUGUGACGACUGUCAGAAUGGCGCUACCUGUACCAUAGAAGAGGACAGCUGUGUGUGCACUGCAGGGUGGACUGGACUUAUCUGCAACCAGACUUGCCCAGAAGGAACGUUUGGUCUGAAUUGUAGCCAGAAAUGUAACUGUAAAAAUGGAGGAACGUGUGACGCCAUCACUGGCCAGUGCCGCUGCCCCCAGGGAGUGAGCGGGGAGUUCUGUGAGGAUGGUUGCCCAAAAGGAUAUUAUGGUAAAAACUGUAAGAAGAAAUGUAACUGCGCCAACAAGGGCCGAUGCCACAAGAUCCAUGGAGCCUGUCUGUGUGAGGCUGGCCUGUAUGGACGUUACUGCCACUUAGUUUGCCCGAAGUGGACUUAUGGACCCGGCUGUUCGAAAGAGUGCACUUGUGUACAGAGCAACACACUGGAAUGUGGUAAAAGGGACGGGAUGUGCACCUGUAAACCCGGCUAUCAGGGAGCAUCCUGUGAAAAUAAAUGCGACUCAGGAUUUUAUGGAGUUGGCUGCAAAAAUAAAUGCACCUGCCAGCAAGACAUAUCCUGUGACCACACAAGUGGGAAGUGUCUGAAACAAUGUCCUCAGGGAUACCACGGGGAAAACUGUGACCAAGAAUGCCCGGCAGGGACAUACGGACUGGACUGUCUGAAAUCCUGUUCUUGUGGAGGAGCUCCGUGUCACCACGUUGAUGGAACUUGCAUUUGCCCAUCUGGUAAAACUGGCUCAGACUGCUCUAAAGAUUGCCCCAUAGGAAGAUGGGGGGACAGCUGUCAAGAGAUCUGUCCGCUGUGUGUCAAGAAUGGCAGCUGUGACCCUGCCACAGGAAAGUGUAUCUGUAAGCCGGGAUACACUGGAGAUCACUGCAGGGACAGCUGCCCCGCUGGUUGGUUUGGGCAUGGCUGCCAGUCACGAUGCCUCUGCCAAGUUCAUAGCGAGUGUGACUCUGUAACCGGCAGGUGUGCCUGCCCACCUGGAUUUACAGGACACAACUGCAGGAGAGCUUGUGAUAGCGGUUACUGGGGUGCGGACUGUGUUCAUAGCUGCAACUGCAGCAACAGUGACUGGGACUGUAACCCUGUGACGGGGGAUUGUGUCUGUGAAUCCGGAUACACUGGAAGGCAGUGUGAUCAGAAGUGCCCAGCCGGCUGGUAUGGUUCAGACUGCAGGCACCAGUGUCAGUGUGAAAACGGGGCCAUCUGCGACCAUGUGAGUGGAGCCUGCACAUGUGCCCCAGGCUGGCGAGGGACCUACUGUGAAAUUGCAUGUCCAGAAGGAUUCUAUGGUACUGACUGCGCCAACAGCUGCCAGUGCGCCAAUGGUGCCAGCUGCGACCAUAUUGCUGGGACCUGCACAUGCCAAGAUGGUUGGUUAGGACCUACAUGCAAAAAAAAAUGUGAAGACAACAGAUAUGGAAGAGGCUGCAAGGAGACAUGUCUAUGUGAGAAUGGCGCCAAGUGUAACCAUGUCAGCGGGAUGUGUAUUUGUGCGCCAGGGUGGACUGGACCACGCUGUGAGCAAGCUUGCCAAGAUGGUUUUUAUGGCGAGAAAUGUCUUCAGCAAUGUAUCUGCAGACACGGAGGAAUCUGCAAUCACGUCACAGGACUCUGUAUUUGUCCUAAAGGUUGGACAGGAUUGGCAUGUGAACUGGAAUGUUCUUCAGGAAAAUUUGGAGAUGAUUGUCUGCAAAACUGCACUUGUCAAAAUGGUGGGCUAUGUGAUCAUGGCACAGGCGCUUGUAAGUGCCCAGCGGGGUGGUCUGGAGAAUCCUGUGAGACUGCCUGUCCAGCAGGGAUGUUUGGAGUCCAGUGCCUGGAGAAAUGUGAAUGUCGAUAUGGUAAUUCCUGUCACCAUAUCACCGGUGCCUGUGACUGUCCCACAGGAUGGAGAGGAAAACAUUGUGAUAAGCCUUGUCUCCCGGGCUCAUAUGGUGAUCAGUGCUCACAGCUUUGUAGCUGCCCCCAUGGAACCCCAUGUAAUCACAUCAGUGGGGAGUGUGGCUGUCCACCCGGAUUCACAGGCAAUGGAUGUGACCAAACGUGUGUUCCAGGAACUUAUGGCUUGAAUUGUGGAAAUAUAUGUCAAUGUCCUGGUCAGCAUCAAGACUGCCACCCAGUGACCGGAGAGUGUAUCUGCUCACCAGGCUACCACGGACACACGUGUCAACUAAGAUGUGCCGGUGGAUAUUAUGGCCGAAACUGUGAGCAUGAAUGCAAAUGUAAGAAUGGCGGCCAUUGUGAAGCGACUACUGGAGGGUGCCGUUGUCCGGCGGGUUACCUCGGGGCUGAUUGUGGCACUGUGUGUCCUCCAGGGAGAUACGGAAAUGGAUGCGUCCAUGUGUGUCACUGUAGUCCCAAUGGAUCCUGUGAUCAUGUGACUGGCGAUUGCGUCUGUGCGCCUGGAAGAAGAGGAAAGAACUGCGAACACGUCUGCGCCAAAAACUACUUCGGGGAAAACUGUCAGCAGAUUUGCUCCUGUAAAAAUGGCGGAUUGUGUAACCCGACCAACGGAACGUGCAGCUGUGGUCUGGGAUGGAUGGGAGUCACGUGUGAGGACGGAUGUCCUCCUGGGAAAUAUGGAGCCGGCUGUCGGAUGGAUUGUUCCUGUCUGAACAAUGGGACGUGCGACAGAGUAACUGGAACCUGUCACUGCUCCAGAGGAUUCUUUGGAAACGCAUGCCAACACCGUUGUCCCGGUGGUUUCCAUGGAAACAAAUGCCAGGAAAUGUGUGACUGUGAAAAUGGAGCAUCGUGUGACCCGGUGACGGGGACCUGCCACUGCCCAGCUGGUUUCUAUGGAGACAGAUGUGAAAAAGGCUGCAGCUCAGGGACAUUUGGAGAGAACUGUGAGAAGAUUUGUGAGUGCGAAGGGAACGGACCUUGUGACCCGGUGACUGGAGCUUGCUUUUGUCCACCUGGAAAGAUGGGAACAACCUGUGAUCUAGACUGUAGGAUAAAUCACUAUGGACCAAACUGCAGCCUGAGCUGUGAAUGUGGCUGGAACGCACAGUGCAAUGCCCUGACCGGAGGAUGUAUCUGUCUCAACCGCUUCAUAGGAACCACCUGCCAAGAGGGAGGCCCUCCCUCGCUUAUGUCAGCACAGCUACAGGCGCUUAACCAUGUACAGCCUCGACCAUCACAUCGAUCUUCAGUUAGAUAUUUAAUACAUUAAACCAAACAUUGGCCAUAGAGUCAUUCUUGGAGUAAAAUCCAUUGCAGGCACCACCAUAAAACCACUAUCUGAAUGGGAUAAUGUUCAUUUAUGUCCAUACUGGAGAGACAAUUUUGGAGGAAAGAACUUUUGAAGAUUCAUUAUUAAGGGAAGCCAAGAUUGAACAUACAUGAUGAGUUGUGCCAUGAGAAGACCACCAUUGACAUGACACUGAGGUCUUCUGUGGACCAAUGUUCCACCCCUGCUGUCUUCUGCUCUAAAACAGAACAUCAUAAACUCAUUGGCUCAAGAUACGCAAUCCUCAUUAGUCUUGAAUUAAAUAUGGACCAACAGAUCCCUGGAGACCUUGGGUUCAACAGACUUUUUUGACGUCUUAGUUCAUGACUUGUUUGCCUGAUACAUAGUUAGGGAGUCUGUUCAUGGUGACUUUAUGAGCCAGAUUCUUGAAGCUCAGCCAAAGGGUCACACGUUUGGUGACCAUAUGUCGUCUUGCAUUAUCAAAAGAAUGCCAGGUCUGAGGUUGUUGACAUCUUGCCAUCUACAAAUCUGUCCAUGUAACCGCAACACAUUUUCACCAGCUAUAUCUCUUGUAGUGUUUGGUGACAACCAAUAUGGUUGCCAAUACAGCUUCACAGUGGUUGUCACAAAGCUUUUUCAGAGCCCUAAACGGUUAAUUUUGCCUAAUGAUGCAGAAGUGUGGGAGCGGAGGAUGUAUGACUACCUGCCAUUGUCAAAUCGUCUUAGUUACAGUGGUGGCCCAUUUUGUGCCACCCACCAUUCCUAGGAACAGAUACACGGUUGCUUCAGCAGUGAAGAUAGCAGCUGAGGUCUCAGAGCAGUGAGAGUAACGAUCUUUAGUUGUGUAAGGUGUUAAUAUACAACUGGAGGGAUCGUACUCGUAGGAAAAUGUGCAAAAAAUUUUGGUGCUUUAAAAAUACACAAGCUUUUCCUUAGUACUUGAACUACUGUCCCAGAGAAGACGAGACCUUGCUGAGGCCUGCUGGCUGUAAGACGUGAUGUUUGGGUUUUGUAACUAACAGGAACUAUACUAUUUUGUGAAUUUUUAACAGCUAUUGAAAAAGGUUUUCAGCACCUCCGCUUGUGUUCAGUAAAUGGGAAAACUUUUAUACAGCUGCAGUUUGUAACUGUGUAUCACUGUAAGUAGGGCACCAGUGAAGACUUUCACACGGCAGUAUUCUGCAUCAGUAUCGUGGUACACUGUAAGGCCUCUGCAGGUUCCGUUUGCGGAACCAUUUAUUUUAAUGGUUCCGCAAAAAAACGGAAUGUACUCAGUAUGCAUUCAGUUUCCGUAUUUCCGUUCCACUAAAAGAUUAGAACUUGUCCUAUUAUUGUCCGCAA